AUGCACAAGAUCUCGUUGCUAUCGGAGCUGGGCUUCAACGCCGGCGGAGCAUCGUCGGAUUUCUUCCGCCCCGUGGCCGACAGCUUACCGCUCACACCCAUCUCCUCCGGCAGUCCGCACCACCGCCUCACCAAGGUCUCCGUCAUCGGCGCCGGCAAGGUGGGCAUGGCCAUCGCGCAGACCAUCCUCACCCAGAACCUCGCCGACGAGAUCGCGCUCGUCAGCGCCCACCCCAACAAGCUCCGCGGCGAGGCGCUGGACCUGCCGCACGCCGCCGCCUUCCUCCCCCGCGUCCACAUUGUCUAUGGCACCGAUGCCGCGGUGACCAAGAACUCGGACCUCGUGGUCAUCACCGCGGGGGCCAGGCAGACGCCGGAGGAGACCAGGCUGAACCUGCUGGAGAGGAACGUUGCGCUAUGCCGGAACAUCGUGCCGCCCGUGGCGGAGCACUCCCCGGACGCACUGCUGCUCGUGGUGUCCAAUCCCGUUGACGUGCUCACCUAUGUCGCAUGGAAGCUCUCCGGGUUCCCGGCCAGCCGCGUCGUCGGGUCCGGCACCAACCUCGACGCCUCUAGGUUCAGAUUCCUCAUCGCCGAGCACCUGGACGUCAACGCACAAGAUGUGCAGGCGUACAUGAUUGGUGAGCACGGCGACAGCUCGGUGGCGGUCUGGUCGAGCAUCAGCGUGGGCGGGAUGCCGGCAUUCAAGUGGCUGCGAAACAGCCAUCGUUCCUUCGACGAGGCGGCGCUGGACGGCAUCCGGCAUGCCAUGGUGGGCGGUGCCUACGAGGUGAUCGGCCUCAAGGGGUACACCUCCUGGGCCAUCGGCUACUCCGUAGCAAGCCUCGCUGCCUCCCUCCUCCGCGAUCAACACAGCGUGCACCCGGUCUCUGUCCUUGCCGCAGGCUUCCACGACAUCUCCGAAGACCAUGAGGUGUUCCUAAGCCUGCCCGCGCUCCUCUGCCGCCGCGGCGUCCUCGGGGUAGCCGAGAUGGACCUCACCGAGGAUGAGGCCGCCCAGCUCCGGAGCUCCGCCAAGACGCUCUGGGAGAAAUGCCAGCUCCUCGACCUCUGA